AGAACAGAUAGUAUACGUUUCCCCUAGGAAAACACCUGUCUUCAUUCUGUUACUAGAGUUAAUGUUAACUUCAGUGACUUAAGUUAUUUUUUUAAUAAUGGCAUAAGUUUUAAUAUCGGAGAUAGAUAUAGCGCAAUUUAAACGAAGGAUUGGAUAUGGGGAAAACAACAAAAGUAGUUGUUUGUGGAAUGAAAGGAGUAGGAAAGACUGCAUUGUUGGAACAACUCAUAUAUGGAAAUGUCAACGUCAAGACAGAAAUUCACCCUACGAUCGAAGAUAUUUAUGUCGCAAAUAUAGAAACUGAUCGCGGUACGAAAGAAAAAGUGCGAUUUUAUGACACUGCGGGACUGGAAUCUCCUCAGAAUAAUGCAAAUAAUCAGCAACUACCUCGACAUUACCUUGGUUUUGCUGAUGGAUACGUUUUAGUUUACGAUACCGCAAAAUCUGAAUCUUUGGAUGUGUUGUUCCCAUUGAAAAAGGACAUUGAUAGGAAUAAAGACAAAAAAGAAAUAAUCAUGAUCGUUAUUGGAAAUCGAACUAAAGCUGAGGAAGAAUCUCAUAGUUUGGAGAAUAUAGCAAGCAAAGCUGCAAAUUGGUGUACUAGAGAGAAACUGAAACAUUAUGAGGUAAAUGUUAUGGAUAGAGCAAGUUUGUUCGAAGCAUUCGUUAAUUUAUCGUCUAGAUUAAAUCCUCCUACAAAUAAGAGCACAUUCCCACAGUUAAGUAUGGGUAGAAAAAACAUAAAAGUUGAUGGACUUUAAUCACAUUUAUUUAUAAUCUUAAUCUACAAUUAAUCACAUUUGUUUAUGUUACCGAUGACAAUGGUGAUCAUUGAUACUAAUUUACUUGUUUAGUAUGCUCAAAAUAUUUUUAUAUAAAAUAAGCGUAUAUUCAAAGGAUCAUGUACUUAAAACAUCAAUUUGCUGAGGUUCUUAUAGCAAUGAAUAAUGAUACUUUCUUCUUUGAAAGAUUUGGUUCAGUUCUAUGUACGUUAUUGUACAUGUAUCUUGUGCAUUUUGUUUCUUGUUUGUACUUAAAAUAUAUAUAUAUAUCAUCGAA